AUGACAAAUUUGGAAAAUCAGAAUCAUAAUCACAGUUUAAAAAAUAGACAUGACAAUGAAAUCAAAGAAUUAUUUUACGGUGAAUUAUCAGAUCUAGACGGUGAAUGUGAAGAAUGUAGAAUACUUGAAAGUGAUUUGAUCAAUUCGAAAUUUAGUAUUAAACAAUUAUUUAAUUAUGAAAAACUUGACGAAAAUACUCUUAAAAUAUUUUGGUUAAAACUAAAAGAGUAUAAAUUCCAUAAAACGAUGGCAAUCAUAUUGAAAUUUAACAAAAUUAAACAUCUUAAAGAUGAUGACAUUCCAGUCAAAAGUUCAACUUCUAUAUUAACUCGCACCUUUCAUACCUCGCGACCUACCUUUAGGGUGAUAAUCAGACAACCUUUAAGAACUAAAGAAGCAUUAACAUUUAAACAAAUUAUUCGUGAAUAUACAAAACCUUCAUUUAAAAUUUCAAAAGAUGUGACUAAACAACAAUCUCCAUCACCAUUACCAACAAAUCCUGUUUCUCGACCUCCUGCUGCCACCGAUACAAUUCCAAAAUCAGCACUACAAUCAUCUGCUGAUUGGCAUAUUAUAAAAAAUUUGACAAGGUAUAUAUGGCCAAAGGAUAAUUUAUCUAUUAAAAUCCGUGUUGUUAUGGCAUUAUCUUUGUUAGUAGGCGGAAAGAUUUUAAAUGUUCAAGUUCCAUUCUUGUUCAAAAAUAUUAUUGAUUCUCUAAAUAUGGAUGCAAGUCAAUUUGGAACAGUUUGGACAGUUGCUGGUGCAAUGAUUAUUGGCUAUGGUUUGGCAAGGGGUUGUGGGACACUUUCUCAGGAACUUCGUAAUGCAAUAUUUGCCAACGUGGCUCAAAAGGCAAUUAGACAAGUAGCAAAGAAUGUGUUUUAUCAUUUGCAUCGAUUGGAUUUAAAUUUCCAUUUAUCAAGACAAACAGGAGGAUUAAGUAGAGCCAUUGAUCGCGGAACAAAAGGAAUAAGUUUUUUGCUUUCUUCAAUUGUUUUUCACGUUUUGCCGACCGCGUUUGAGAUUUCUGUAGUUUGUGGAAUUUUGUCAUAUAAAUUUGGAACAGACUUUGCAGCAGUUGCAGCUACAGCAAUGGCAACUUAUACUUUUUUUACUAUUAAAACAACCUCAUGGCGGACAAAAUUCAGAAAAGAGGCAAAUAAAGCUGAUAACGAAGCAGCGACAGUAGCAGUUGAUUCAUUGCUCAAUUAUGAGGCCGUCAAAUAUUUUAAUAAUGAAAAUUUUGAAACUGAACAAUAUGACAAAGCUUUACAUAAAUAUGAGAAAGCAUCUUUAAAAAUUGCAACUUCCCUGGCAUUCUUAAACUCUGGGCAAAAUUUUAUAUUUAGUAGUGCUCUUACUGGGAUGAUGUUUUUGGCAGCAAAUGGUAUCAUCGAAGGAACAUUGACUAUUGGUGAAUUAGUAAUGGUUAAUCAACUUCUAUUUCAAUUAUCGUUACCUUUAAAUUUUCUUGGCUCAGUCUACAGAGAAUUAAGACAAAGUUUGAUUGAUAUGGAUGUUAUGUUUAAUUUACAACAAUUGAAUGUGACAAUCAAGGAUUCGCCUCAUUCAAAACCUUUAGUUUUUAAAGGUGGAGAAAUUAGAUUCGAAAAUGUGGUAUUUGGCUAUCAUUCUGACCGUCCAAUUUUUAAGGGAGUGAAUUUUGUAGUACCUUCAGGCAAAAAAAUUGCAAUUGUAGGACCAAGUGGAUCCGGAAAAUCAAGUAUUUUGAGAUUAUUAUUUCGUUUUUAUGAUCCACAAAAUGGCAAUAUUUAUAUAGAUGGACAAAAUAUCAAGGAUAUUAAAUUGGAAAGUUUAAGAUCAAAUAUUGGCGUGGUUCCUCAGCAAUCGCUUUUAGAAAAUAUACGAAGCAUUCUUCGAGGAAGUCAGAAAACAAGUGUAUUUGUUGCACAUAGAUUAAGAACUAUUGUUGACGCAGAUGAAAUUAUUGUAUUAAAAGAUGGCGUAAUAAAGGAACGUGGACCUCAUGAUAAACUUAUUCAAAAAGAAGAUGGAAUUUAUAGAGACAUACCAGUAGCUACUUAUUAUGUAUUAAAUUUCAACAUUUACCAAGCACCAGAUUUAGAUUCCAUUAUUGGCAAUAGAAUUUUAACAAGCAUUUAUCAAUUAAGUUUAGCCUUUAAUACAGCAUACAAACAUGUAGAUUUUCAUCCUGCAACAGAAUCACGAAUCAUUCAUCAAGAACCAUUAGAACAAAUAGAAUUUCGUAUGGGAGUAGAUAGAGUUUUAAAACAUAUUAAUGUAAACACGGAGCGGCAAUUACGUCAUGUUGAUGAAUUACUGAAUAGGCCACCAUCACCACCACCUACAUUACAAGAUAAUAACAUAAUAUCGAAAAAUGAACCAAACAUUUUAAUGACUAGUCCCACUUUAAUAUCUCCUUCACAAAUUGGUGCAGAAUCAUCUGUUACUAUGCAAGAUGUGACUAAACAACAAUCUCCAUCACCAUUACCAACAAAUCCUGUUUCUCGACCUCCUGCUGCCACCGAUACAAUUCCAAAAUCAGCACUACAAUCAUCUGCUGAUUGGCAUAUUAUAAAAAAUUGGACAAGGUACAUAUCUUUGUUAGUAGGCGGAAAGAUUUUAAAUGUUCAAGUUCCAUUCUUGUUCAAAAAUAUUAUUGAUUCUCUAAAUAUGGAUGCAAGUCAAUUUGGAACAGUUUGGACAGUUGCUGGUGCAAUGAUUAUUGGCUAUGGUUUGGCAAGGGGUUGUGGGACACUUUCUCAGGAACUUCGUAAUGCAAUAUUUGCCAACGUGGCUCAAAAGGCAAUUAGACAAGUAGCAAAGAAUGUGUUUUAUCAUUUGCAUCGAUUGGAUUUAAAUUUCCAUUUAUCAAGACAAACAGGAGGAUUAAGUAGAGCCAUUGAUCGCGGAACAAAUACUCGUAAUAAAUAA